AUGGCCAUACACAAGGCUCUCCAGACGCUGUCUGCGAGAUGCGCCAUCCGGCGUAGUGCUAUUUCGCCAGGGAUUGUCCCCCAAACACGACGGUUUUCAGCCUUUCCUGGGUUCCGCCGUGCAACACCUUCCUACCCCUUUGCCCAUGGAGCGAACGAUGAGGUCGCACGCCUGGCAUCUAGCCGUCGACGUCCACUGACAUUGGCUGAUUUGCUCAAACACGGGCGCCCACCGUUAUCCAAGGAUGCGCUUCUGGCUUCGGCGAAUUUUACGCUUUCCCUCCUCCCAGCCCGACUGGCAUCUCGAAUUGAAGCACUGCGAAACUUGCCGUUUAUCAUCGUCUCGAACCCCCAUGUGUCGGAAAUCUACAAUAAUUACCUCCACUCGCUGUCGACCUUGCUGCCGUAUCAGAAGCGUCAGGUCACAACAUUGGAAGAAGAGAACCAAUUUGCAGAGGUACUCGCAGACCUUGUAGAUACGCACUCCAAUACGAUCCCGGUCCUUGCACGCGGUUUUCUGGAGUGUCGAAGGUACAUUGAUCCCGCUGAAGUGACCCGGUUCCUCGAUACCCACCUGCGUGCGAGGAUUGGCACCCGCCUGAUUGCCGAGCAGCACCUAGCGUUGCACUUUGCCUCGCAGCCAGAACAAAGUGGUCAAGAAGGCGCUCGGGAAGCGUUCAAAGGCCCUGCUCCGCCGAAUUAUAUCGGGGUGAUUGAUACGGCUCUGCAACCAGCGCGCAUCGUGCGGACAUGCGAGGAUUUUGUGGGCGAGAUCUGUGAACUCAGAUACGGUGUGCGCCCACGGGUGAAGAUUGACGGGCAGGAGAGCGCAUCUUUCGCGCAUGUGCCUGUGCACAUAGAGUACAUCCUCACGGAGCUGUUGAAGAACUCAUUCAGAGCUGUGAUUGAAUGCGGGAAUGAGCGGGAACCCAUCGAGGUAACCAUCGCUGCCGCCCCGGACGUACCAGCAGAGCGCCGACCGCUACCUGCGCGAUCGACAGCACAAGAUGUCGUCCAGUCCGAUACCGAUGUGGGAAUUCAAAUGGACACCGUUGUCGGGACUGCUGACGCAAACGAGUCGAUCAAGCAUUCAGCCCCGUCGUCGCAGAGCAUCACGAUCAGAAUCCGGGAUAGAGGCGGCGGCAUUCCUCCCGAGGUGGUACCCAAUAUUUGGUCCUACAGCUUUACGACUUUCGCGGAAUAUGAGACGGACCCGGAUAAUGGCAACAUGGAUGCCCUCAACACGAUCUCGGCCAACAGUGGCCAGUUGAGUAGUAUUGCGGGACUUGGAUACGGGCUCCCUCUGAGCAGAGCCUACGCAGAGUACUUUGGAGGCAGUAUUUCUGUUCAGAGCCUUUGGGGUUGGGGAACCGAUGUUUAUUUAACUCUAGAAGGAGUUGGCAGGGUCCGAUAA